CCCGGCCCCCCGGCCGCCCGCAACGGGGCCGCCUCGCCCGCGGGGCUGCCCUACAGCAACGGUCCUGUGCAAAACCCAUUGAUGCAUUCACCGCAAGUGUCUGUAAGCCAAGGAUAUAAUUCUCCAUUUCCAGGAUCCUACCCUCACCAGAUGCCCACAAAGCCUCCUCCAAGUCCAACACCCGGACAAUACAACUACGGUGGUCCUCAGACUGUUUCUGCAUUAAAUAACUAUCAGGGACCCCAGCAGACUCUUAAUAGACCACCUCUGGACUCAAAUCUAAUGGCCCCUGUUCCCCAAAUGCCAUCACUUCCAUCUCCCAACCCCGCAGCUCUCACAGCACCUGCUGGGAACUUUCUUCCCAGAGCUGAUCCCACCCAGCCUUCAAACUGGCAAUACAGUCAGUCUUCUAGUAGUCAGCGACCUGGUGAAUCCCAAAUAAACCAUCUUGCUCCCGGACCAUCCCAGCCAGCCUCCUCUUCAGAGAAUACAAGCCUAUCGACAAGUCAGUACAUUGCUUCUCCUGGAGGGCCUCCUCUUCAAAACAGCUACAUGAAUUCAGGCUCUGCCCCACUGGUGAAUCAGCCUUUGCCUACAACUUUUCAGCCAACUCGGGCUCCUGUUGGACCUCCUCCCUCUGGAGGCCCACCUCCAAUAAGGCCACUGGCUCCCCCAAGAGGAUCACCAAACAGUGCUAUUCCCCAAACCCAUAAUAAUUCAGCUACAAACCCAGAAGGUGAUGUUGCAUCGACAGCCAAUAAUGGAUCUACGGUCUACAACAGCUAUGAUGCAAUUGAAGGAGGUGGCUUCAUGGGAGCAUCACAUCCUCCCAACCAGAAUCCUAAAGUGGCCCGAAACGUUGGGUAUUCGUAUCCAACCUUACCACCAGGCUACCAAAAUGUAGCUGUGCCCGGGGCACCGGGAAUGUCGUCCACAUCCUUGCAGUAUCCCAGUGGACCACAGCCAUUUUCUCAGCCUCCCAUAGGUGCUAAUCACUUAACUGCAACCAUGGGUGGGUUGAGUUUACACCCUGAAGGAUUAAGAAUGGUCAAUCUUCUCCAAGAGAGAAAUAUGCUUCCUCCAACCCCAUUAAAGGCUCCUGUCCCAAACCUGCAUGAAGAUAUCCAGAAACUCAACUGUAACCCAGAGUUGUUCCGGUGUACCUUGACCAAUAUUCCUCAAACUCAGGCCUUAUUGAACAAAGCCAAACUUCCUUUGGGACUGCUGCUUCAUCCUUUCAAAGACUUACUGCAAUUGCCCGUAGUUACCUCCAGUACAAUUGUGAGAUGUCGUUCGUGCAGGACAUACAUCAACCCCUUUGUCAGCUUUCUUGACCAAAGGAGAUGGAAGUGCAACUUGUGUUACCGAGUGAAUGAUGUUCCUGAAGAAUUCAUGUACAAUCCAAUGACUAGAGUGUAUGGAGAACCCCACAGAAGACCUGAAGUUCAAAAUGCUACUAUUGAGUUUAUGGCUCCUUCAGAAUACAUGUUACGCCCACCUCAGCCACCUGUGUACCUCUUUGUGUUUGAUGUAUCUCACAAUGCAGUUGAAACCGGAUACUUGAAUGCAGUCUGCCAGAGUUUGCUAGAAAAUCUGGACUCGCUUCCUGGCAACACUCGAACAAAAAUUGGUUUCAUCACAUUUGACAGUGCAAUUCACUUCUACAGUCUGCAAGAAGGCUUGUCUCAGCCUCAUAUGCUAAUAGUUUCAGAUAUUGAAGAUGUCUUCAUACCAAUGCCAGAAAACUUGUUAGUAAAUUUAAAUGAAAAUAAAGAGCUCAUCCAGGACCUACUGAAGACGUUGCCUCAGAUGUUUAUCAAGUCUUUAGAGACCCAGAGCGCUUUGGGCCCUGCACUGCAGGCAGCCUUUAAACUGAUGUCCCCCACUGGUGGCCGUAUCACUGUCUUCCAAACCCAGCUUCCGUCUAUUGGAGCAGGAGCAUUAAAGUCCCGCGAAGAACCUAACCAAAGAGCAUCCGCUAAGGACAUACAUCUCACACCGUCCACUGAUUUCUAUAAGAAGUUAGCCCUGGACUGCUCGGGCCAACAGGUAGCAGUUGAUUUGUUCCUUCUCAGCGGGCAGUACUCUGACUUGGCUUCUUUAGGAUGUAUUUCUAGAUAUUCUGCAGGUAGUGUCUAUUACUACCCAUCUUACCAUCACCAGCAUAAUCCAGUUCAAGUAGAGAAGCUGCAGAAGGAACUGAAGCGCUACUUAACUAGAAAGAUUGGUUUUGAAGCAGUCAUGAGGAUAAGAUGCACCAAAGGCCUUUCCAUUCACACCUUCCACGGGAACUUUUUUGUACGAUCAACAGAUUUGUUGUCUUUACCUAAUGUGAACCCGGAUGCUGGAUAUGCAGUACAGAUGUCAGUAGAAGAAAGUCUUACUGACACUCAGCUGGUUUCUUUCCAGUCAGCCCUCUUGUAUACGUCCAGCAAAGGAGAACGAAGGAUCCGGGUACAUACUAUGUGUUUGCCAGUUGUUUCAACACUGAAUGAAGUCUACCUUGGAGCUGAUGUGCAGGCCAUUACAGGAUUAUUGGCCAACAUGGCUGUUGACAGGUCCGUGUCUGCCAGCCUCAGUGAUGCCCGGGAUGCCUUGGUGAAUGCUGUCAUUGACUCUCUAUCUGCCUACCGCUCUUCAAUUCUGAGCAGUCAGCAGCCUGGACUCAUGGUUCCUUAUUCUUUACGUCUCUUUCCUCUGCUUGUGCUGGCCCUUCUUAAGCAGAAAUCAUUUCAAACCGGAACAAGCGCACGUUUAGAUGAGCGUAUUUUUGCCAUGUGUCAAGUGAAAAAUCAGCCCCUGGUGUUCCUCAUGCUCAUGACUCACCCUAAUCUGUAUAGAGUUGACAAUCUCUCCGAUGAGGGAGCCCUGAACGUCAAUGACCGAACUAUACCUCAGCCCCCCAUUCUCCAGCUGUCCGUGGAAAAGUUGAGCCGGGAUGGUGCCUUCCUUAUGGAUGCUGGCUCGGUGAUGAUGCUGUGGGUUGGAAAAAACUGUGGGCAGAAUUUUAUCAGCCAAGUUCUAGGGGCUCCCAACUAUGCCUCCAUCCCACAAAAUAUGACACACCUUCCAGAACUCGACACAGCGGAAUCUGCCAGAACAAGAGCUUUUAUCUCUUGGCUUAGGGAGCACAGGCCAUUCUUUCCCAUACUCUACAUAAUAAGGGAGGAGAGUCCAAUGAAAGCAUACUUUCUACAGAACAUGGUAGAAGACAGAACAGAGUCUGCGUUAUCUUAUUAUGAGUUUCUCCUGCACAUACAACAGCAAGUGAAUAAAUGACCGAGUAAAUGAAAUGAACCACUGAAGGGUGUGGCUCACCUAUUAAUUUUAUUUUUUGUUGGAAAGGAAAGUCACUCAAGUCCAAAACACUUUAACCUUUGAGAGCCUUUAAUGCCUGAGUUUGUGGCCUGGUGCGAUGGUUUAAGAUGCUCACACUGUGAUUCAGCAGAGGACAGGAGAUAAAGCACCACAGCAGAUAACCUAAUACGUGCAAUGAUGAAAUAUUGUAUUUUCAAAUCAAAAUGUAUCUAAAAAUGGUUGGACUCCUCUUCAUUUGCUACAAAUUGUUUUUAAAUAGUUGUAGAAUGAAGUAAGUCUAUAAGGCAAUAUUGAAGAGGUAAAAUACAAAUUGUAAAAUCAAGGAUUAUUUUGUUUAGAUUGUAAAUUGCUCUAAUCUACUUUUGCUGGUUUUUCUUUUUUUUUUUUUUUUUGCUGCUAGAAUUAAGACCUCAAAAAACUAAGUGUUGCAGGGAAGUUAUGUACCCACAAAUGAAAGAUGGACCACCUUAAAGAUUAAAAUUGAGCAGUCCGUUUUGACAUGAAUAGAUUUAACUUCUCAACACUUUCAGAAUUUGGUGUGGUGGGGGGGAGGGUUUGAGCCUUACUUAAGAUGGCUUGAGAGGGGAAAUAUGAAGCAGGACAGUCAAAAUUUUAAAUUCAUCAGUAUUUUUUUAUACCUGAAGAACAAAACCUCCACUGACAUAGGGCAGGCAGACAACUGUCCGACUGGGCUUCAGACAUACCAACUACUGCACAGUUCAGAUAAUCCAAGCUCUCUUCAAAGAUAUUCACCAUUUUACUAAGGGCAGGAAGAGCAAAGAGAAUCUUAGGAAGGUGUGAAACUGUAAUCCCCAUGAUCCUUUCUCUUAUUGAGUUUCAUUUGAUCCAUUUCUGCUUGACAUGGUCAAUCAACUGUUUCAGGUGUACGGUGAAAACGCUCCUCAUGUGAAAUGAGAUUUUUGGCCACAAAUAUCAGAUGUCUGUCAGAUGUGCAUUCUGCCUCCAAAUGCACUAAUAAUUUCAACUAUUAUUAAAGUUAGAAUGAGGAAACUGCAGAAUAAACAUGAAUAAUAUUUUUGUAAAAUUAGAAAUGAAGACCUAUUAAGCUUGAAUGGUGGUUUGAAAUUUUUUCGUUCAAGAUUUCAUAAGUCUUAUUAACCAAAGUUAUGUAACAAAGCCUGAUUCCAGGAUGUGCAGCAAGAUAUAUAAAGCCUUUUUGGUCUGCAAGAGAUUUCUGAGGCCAAACCAAUUAAAGCCCUCGUAAUAUAUGGAUGCUGAAGUGUAUUAUAAGUAAAGCAUUAUGAUAAAAAGGACUUUGGCUCAAGUAGUUUGGCCCGUGGAUUUCCCCAGAGUUCUACUUGCCUACAGAGUAAGAACAUCCAUAUGUGACUCUUUCCUCAUAUUAUUAUUAUUAUUAUUAGUCAGUGGAAGCUUUUGGUUUAGUGGGACAGAAGUGUGUUUACAAACCCAGUCAAGUACUAUCACCAGUUAAGUAGCAAUUUUCAGGUUUACUUCAGUGUGAACCGUACUUCAUUGAGUAGGCUCGGUGCAGGUGAGAAGCGGGGGCCCGAGGAGGAUCUAGCCACUUUGGACAGAGGAUCAGAAACCUCCAAAGUGUUAUAAUUUGACAUUAAAGAAGCGGCCUCUGUCUUCCGGGUGCAGCUUCAUGCCUUGUUCUCUCCAUGUGCAAAUCAACGGACUGGGGUCCUUCCUGGAAGAAGUUUGACAGAGCUUAAUCUCUAGGUUUUGUUAAUAUUUAGUUGAAAUGAAGUGGUUUAUAAAUUAGAAAAAUAGAGCACGUUCUGAUUCUGUUUUCCUUUUCAAAUAGAUUGAUAUAUCAGUUAUUUAUUGUAUAUUGCUAUUUUUCUUACAAAAUUAACACUUUUGAGAACAAUUUUAAUUUUUAAAGCCUUUUGCAAGUGGUGAGAGGGCUGCCCAGGGCACCUGGUGGUGGCGUGAGGGCUGAGCUUGUCAGCUGGUGAACCCGCUGGGGACCUUCUGACCUCCCUUUGGUUAGCGGGGGUGGGGAAAGGGGGGCGGGGCGGCUAUCUCCCCAACACCACAUACAUUAUUAGCAGAUUUCCCAAAUCUACCUAUUUUUUUAAUUACCAUUUUAGAUAUCAUCUAACUUAUUUUAUGCAAACCAGGAUAAUGACUCUAUCAAUCCUCAAGGUCCUCUAAGCAUAAUUUCCUUAUAAGUCUCAAUAAAUUUGGGUCUGUGACCCCCACACCACCCCAGCCCCCAAGGAUUGGAUUCCUUUGCGGGAGAUGGAUGUUGAAGCAGUUACUGGUUGCAAUAUUGAAUGUGGGUGUUUGAGUUUUUCUUCCUUGCAGCACAGCGCGUGACCUGCUGAUUCGUCUUUCACCAUUGUAAAGCAGACCAACAUAUUUUCAGUGUAGGCCAUAGUUUUCCACAAAGUUGUAAAGGGGAAAUGCUUGCAUUUUCUACUUGUCUGCAACUCCUGGAGUAACUGGCAAGGGCAGUCUUGACAGUUCAAUCUGAGCGCGACAGGACUGCCACAAGAAAUGUAUUCUAUUUUUCUAGUUUCUAGGAUUUUUAAAAAUAAUUUUUGUCAGUUUGACAUCCUAGGAUUCAAUAGUCAAGAACAGUACCUUCCACCUUCAUUGGCUUAUUUUGUUAAUUUACUAUACUGUGUGAGUCUAAUAGACUGUUUUGCAAUAAUCAGAAUAAAAGACGUGGCUCUUUUAUUCAGCAUUAACAAUGAGUAAUCAAAGAUGCAUAACAGCUAUUACCCUGGGGACCAUCAAAUGUGAUUUGAAGCUUCUGUUCACUAUUACAGAUGUAAUCCUUAGAGUAAAUUUAAUUUUGUAAAGUAGUGUAUAAUAUUGUAACAUUAAAUCCUCGUCUAAAACUCAAACAUAUAUUGAUCUUAAAUGUGAAGUGUUAAAUCUUGCCCCUUUUGGAAUCUAAAGAGACAAGAUUUACUUGUCCUCCUUUUUACAGUUUGUAAUUUUCACUGUUUUAUUCCUGUAAAAAAAAAAGUCAUUUGUAACACAUGCAAAUGCUUAUUUUAUCUGUGCUAAUUUAUCAAUUUGGCUACUCACAAUAAAGUUAAUCGAAAGAGCUUA